UAGCAGCAUGGCCACGCCGGCUAAGCGCAGAGCGCGGCCUGCAGCUCCGGAGCCGGAUUCGGAAUCGGAUUCGGAGCCGGAAUCGGGCGACUCAGAGUCCGAGGAGGACGAGCAGGUCGAUGAGGAAGUGAACGUUGAAUUCGAAGCGCAUUCGAUAUCAGACAACGACUACAACGGGAUAAAGAAGCUGCUGCAGCAGUUGUUUCUAAAAGCUCCUGUUAACACUGCUGAGUUAACUGAUAUCUUAAUACAACAGAAUCACGUUGGAAGUGUCAUCAAGGUAAGACAGAAAUGGCUUUUGUAAAUUAAGCAGUUGAAAUGCAGUCAGGUGCUUCUGGAAGCAAAUCACAAAUCGUAGGGGUUGGAAGGGACCUUCAGAGAUCAUCGAGUCCAACCCCCUGCCAAAGCAGGUUCCCUACACCAGGUCACACAAAUAGGUGUCCAGGCGGGUCUUGAACGUCCCCAGAGAAUCUUGUCCUCAGUGUUGUUUGUAACUUGCUUGUUUCUUUGUUUGGGGAAUAAUUCUCUUCUCGGGCCUGAUAUUUUCCAUGCCGGAUUUAAACCAAACAGUCAAGUUGGUUUAUUAUUUUGGUUGCUUUCUUUUCACGUAUGAAUCCUCUUCAGUUUUCUUUUUGAACUUUGGACUGGUAGAACAAUUAUGACGAAAAGACCAUAGAGGAGUUUCUCUGUUACUCUCAGUAAGAAGCAGUGCCAUAUAAUUUCCCUGCAAUCUCAGGAAAUAGAUGUAGAUGAAAAAUACCCCAUGUGCAAUUUAUAGAGUCAUAGAACCAUAGAAUGGCCUGGGUUGAAAAGGACCACAAUG